UUCAUGGUUCAGCUGGGCGCUGAUCUAAUCAACGCGAUGGAUCCUCAAGUCAUACCUACCUAGUAGGUAUAAUGCUUCAUUCUUCAAGAUAAGUAUCACCGAAGGAUGUUCGUGUCGUGCAAAAAAGCGCUUCGCCGUACCCAAUUGCUCAUCAUCAAACAGACAGAAAAUCAACAGUUAGCAUCGUUGGUUUAUAAAAGUAUGAGUAUGGGUGUAAAUGUAUUGAUAUCAAGUUGUAUAUUAAGAGAUGGUCACCGAAGUAUUUCUAGAAAGAUUCCCGUCGAAUCGAAAACCUCUUCUAGGAAUCAAGUCGUUCACGUUUCAUAUUUCAGACUUUAAGCGCGCUAUACCUACCAGGUACCUACCUACUAUACAACACCGAAAACCAACUUCAAUAGUUUACCUCGCGCAAUGCUCUCUGAACUCAUAGAUGUUAUCCCUCAGGGGGUAUCCCCUCUAUCUAGCAUUUUUAUCAUGUUCAUUACUUGCUGGGUCGCUACCAAGUUAUUUAGCAAAGAGUCAAGGUCCAAAGAUCUCGGAAGAUCUUCACCUCCUUUGGAUUUAUUGAUGAACCCCCUUUCAACUAUCAAGAAACGGUUCAAGGCUUGGUCAUUUCUUCUAAGGGGUCCCUUGAUCAUUCAGGAUGCUUACGAUAGGGCCAAGGGAGCCCCGUUCACUGUUGACGCCCCUGAUAACCGAUACAUCUUAGUGUCAUCUUGGGAUCAGAUCCGUGAGAUCGAUGCUGCGGCAGAUAGUGUACUCUCGCUCCAGGCCGCUGCAAGAGAGGUCCUACAACCGAAGCAUACCAUGGUCGGCUUUGAAUGGCACGAUAGGAAAGGUUUCGAUGGCGCGCCCUUGCUUAGGACCAUUCGCUAUCUCCUGACUGAACAUCUUCCCUAUAUCUUACCUGACAUCCGGACUUCCAUCUCCCAUAUGUUUGAUCAACGCUAUGAGUCACAUCCGAUCGUUAAUAACCAAAAACUAUCGCCGAUAUAUCCCAUGGUGAUUGGAGCUGUUGCUCGAUCCAACGCAUAUGCCUUCUUUGGUCAGGAACUAUCGAAAGAUGAGAAGUUUAUGGAGGCUGGUAUGGUUUUUAUUGAACAGACACUUCUGAUCGCAGAAGUGGUACGACUUCUCCCUCACUCGAUUUCGGGGUACAUUGGUGACUUUCUGGCCAAGAGACUGAACUCCGGGAAGAUUAUCUAUGACUCUUUAGAGCCUGUUGUAUCCAAGAGAUUCGAAGAGCGAGAGUUACGGAAAAGGGGUCACAAUAUUCCCGAACAGAAGGAUUGUAUCCAAUGGAUUAUGGAAACCUCACCAAAGACAAGGCCGUGGACCGUGCAACGCGUGAUACAUGAACUUCUAGCCGUAUGGUUUGGAUCUGUUCAUAUCACAUCAACGACGACUUGUUUCGCACUCUUUGAUCUUUGUCUACAUCCUGAGUAUGUUGAGCCCUUAAGAAAGGAGAUUGAGAACACCACUUGGAAAGCAUUUGAGGAAUCCAGCGGCCAGCUCUUCCCGCUUAUGGAUAGCUUCAUGAAAGAGUCUGCACGUCUUACUCCUGUUGAAUCUGUUAGCACUCGCCGCAAGGCGACAAAGCCAUUCCAGUUAUCGGAUGGGACUAAAGUGCAAGUUGGCCAAUGGAUCUGCUCCGCAGUUCGAGGCAUGAACCUUGAUCCGGGGAAUUGGUCACAAGCUGACGAGUUUCACGGAUUCCGGUUCGUGCCGCCCAAUGUGCUAGAACGAAGUCUCUCGAAUACACGAUCCUCAUCCAACCAGUUUCAAAUCCCAGACCCAGAGAAAUCCUCCGAGUUCGUAGAUUCGUCGGGCUGGCAACUCUGGGGAACCGGCAAAUCAGCUUGUACGGGGAGAUGGUAUGCCUCAGCAAUGAUCAAGAUAAUACUUGGCACGUUCAUUACAAAAUGGGACAUGGAGCUCGCGGAUCCCAAAGCUGCGCGCCACUUCUGUUGGCGAACAUUUAUCUACCCGAUCCCUAGUACGAAGUUCAUCUUGACACCAAGAGUCCAGACUGCACAACAAAACCCGCCCUCUUCUACCAAAAGGAGCCCGGAAAUCUCUCUUUUAUCAGUAGAUUUAUCUGCCUAGCUGACUAGGUACCUAGCAAAUAUUUGUGUACACUACCUACCUAGGUAGGUAGGUAGGUAUAGAUCAGGUCGUAGCCUGCAU